AAGUCACUUUCGACAAUUCCUGAAACGGCGUCUUUGAAACGUGUUUUUUAUGUGAUUAAAUUGUGUUCACUGAAGUAAAACAGAUCUGUAAAAUGGUUAAAUUAACACCGGAAUUGAUUGAUCAGGCAGCACAGUACCUGAAUCCUGUGAGGGAUAGAGAAAUUGAUCUCCGUGUGUAGAGCAGCUCUUGAUUGGCAGCGGUCAAUGACUCGUCAAUUCCGAUUCCAGAACCUUUCAGUUUUCUGCGGGAUCGGAGAACUUCGUUCCGUUUUCGGAUACAAGAUUCCAGUCAUUGAGAACCUUGGUGCAACAAUGGAUCAGUUCGACACCAUUGAUCUGUCAGACAAUGAACUGCGUAAACUUGAUGGGUUUCCCCUCCUCAAAAGAAUGAAAACUCUCAUACUCAACAAUAAUAGAAUAUGCCGUAUCGGAGAGAAUCUUCAAGAAAAUCUUCCCAAACUUGAUUCAAUCAUCCUCACAAACAACAGUAUUGCAGAAUUGGGGGAUUUAGACAAUCUUUCCACCAUCACAACUUUAACCUCACUGAGUCUAUUAAGGAAUCCUGUAAUGGGUAAGAAACACUACAGACUGUAUGUUGUUCACAAGGUACCCAGCCUUAGGAUAUUGGACUUCAGGAAAAUCAAACUCAAAGAAAGGGAAGCGGCUGCUCAACUAUUCAAAGGAAAGAAAGGAGAGAAACUUGCUAAAGAUCUUGGCAGGAGAGCAAGAACGUUUGUUCCCGGUGCUGGUCUGCCGACUGAGCAGAAGACGGGUCCUUCACCAGAAGAUAUUGCAGCCAUCAAGGCCGCUAUUGCCAAGGCAGAGAGCUUUGAAGAGGUGGAGAGACUGAAACAACUUCUCCAGUCUGGUCAAAUCCCAGGCAAGGAUGACACUGCAGGCAAGAAAAAAGCACAAGCGGAAGGAGGAGAGAUGGAAGAGGAGAAAGAGGAAGAGGAGGAACCCAUGGAUGAAGGCCAAAGUCAAGCUCAAGGUCAAACGGGAUUUAAUAAAUGGGACCCUCCUAUUGCAGUACACUGACAGAGUAACCCUGACAUAGCAACAGAAAAUAGACUGUAAUGGAGCAUGGAAAGCUUCCAGAAUCCAUGACUGUGUAUCAUGUACAUGUACCUCAGCGGAAGUAAAAGAGAGAUUUAUGGGAAAUAUUUCCUGGAGUACUGUAUGGAGUCCACAUUGGCAAGAUAUGAAGUCAAAACGUUUGACAAUAAUGUACAAUGUAAACAUCUCCAGUAAAGUUUUCAAGCCAUAUUCACAGUGGAUAUAUCUGCUCUGGUUGGAUGCAAGUGUUUAAGGGACCAUGAUUUGCUGGACGCGAUGUUACAAGAAUCUGAAGAUUUUGAAGAAAUCCUUUGAUUUUAUUUUAGUUGAACUCUUGAGAUAAUGAUAAUACUUAGCAGGAUGUUUGCUUUUGGUCGAGAUAGCCGUUAAUGGUGGACGACGGGAAAUAUGGAUUUACAAGUCCAUUCUGGGAUCUAUCUCAAGAGACUCUUUGUUCACCCAGGCUAAUAUGUUGAUUUUUUUCACCCAAAGUAUCAUGCUUAAUUAGUUGUGAGAUAUUGAAACAAAAAAUUGUUUGUCAUUAAUGAAUUCCUGAAGUACAGGAAAGCUACAAUAGAAUCUAUUGAAAGAACAGGGCAUCGAAAUGGAAUGCCAACAUUUAUAAAAUGAUUUUAAAAGGGUUUUAUAGGAAAUUAUAUAAAUUUCUUUUUUUUUUAGAUUUUGAAAUUUCUGCUGGACUUAAUAUUCAUUUUUGCAAGGAAAAGCAAUCACUCUCAAUAAUUGAAAUGAAGUAUUGAAUUAUUAGAAUAUAUUAUUGGAGAAUAGUACGAAAAUUAUUGAAUUAGUCUUGGAAAGUGGAAUUUAUGUUACACCUUGACAUUAUCAGAUCAAGGAGAUGAAUUUUCUGUUAGAUGAAUGAAUUUUUCCUCUUUCAAAAGAUUUUUUUUUUUAGAAAUCAUAAAAGAUCUUACUUUUCAAGUCUCAUUAGGUACAAAUAGGCCAAGUCCUUAAAAUUUGAGCCAACUUUUUUUAGUUACACCUGCAUUACGUUUUUACAAGGUUAUGAAAUGUCUAAAAUAAUGAUUUAUGUAUUUUACCAAGAAGGCAAUUCUUCAAAUUCCGUUUCCAUUUAUGUAUUUAUUUGGAUUGAUGGACUUCCCUUUUUUGUGUGGGGGGGGGGGGGGGAUGGGCUACUAAGAAUGAGGUAGUCAAAGUAGUACUAAUUUUGAGAUCAAAACUGAUUAUGAUUAUAAUGAUUAUAACAAUUCAUAUUAUUUUUAAUUCAGAGAGCAUAUUAUGCAUCAUCAUCUUAGUUUGCCAAGUAACUAUGGUAUUUGUAAUUAUAAAAAAAAAUCCUGCCAAUGUACCUUACCAAAAGUCAAGUCCCAUCUUGCAAGAAUCCCCUCAAGCGAAGUUUCAUUGCUUCUCCUCACAUUUCAGCACAGACAAAACGAUGGGGAAUGCUGGAAAAAUCGCUGUGGAAAGAUGCAUAGCCCCUUUCCUGCUGAGAGUCGUGGCAUUGGCUUUUGGUAGGGUGUGUGAUAGUAGGUUCAUUGUACAUUUUAUUUCCAUUUUGUAAGAUAUUUUCAAGUAAAAAGGAUGAAAAAUGUCCUCGA